AUGUCGUCAAUAGGCCCCCAGCUUCCACUACACCUCACAAAGCGCAAGCGCACGCCAGUCGACGACGACGACGACGACGACGACGACGACAGCAAGGCGGCGGGCGGUCCUUCACAACCACCCUCCAAGAUAUCGCGACUCACCAACGACGACGAGAUUGAUCUGGACGAUGAUUCCUCAGACGACGACUUUGGCCCCAGCGCCGCCGCAGCCGGCCCCACACUCCCUACACCCUCUGCACCUACCGACAACAACAACAACAAGCCUCCAGGUCCCCGCGCCGCGGGUCCCUCCAUGCCACCAGCACAACAUACAGAAUCAGAAGCCGACCAACAUUCAAGAUCAGAACAGCCGGCAAGGCGCGUGCUCGGCCCAGCUGCACCGCCCGCGGCCUUCUCAGAGCGGCCACCACACUCACCCUCAUCAGAUGAAGACUCCGAUGACGACGACGACUACGGGCCCGCGCUGCCCACGUCGGCGCAGGCAGCACAGCGUGCAGCCGCCUCAGCAGCUGCGUCGGCCAGGCUAGCCCAAGACGCCGAGAAGGCGGCGGCUGCGGCGGCACCACCCACGAAGCGCGACGACUGGAUGAUUCGCCCGCCGCCGCCGACCAACAAGCCGGACCCGACCAAGAUCCGGGCCAAGGGCUUCGCGACCGGCCGCGCCGCCACGUCGUCCGCGGGCCAGAACCCUGGCGAGAUUGGUUCGAUGUGGACAGAGACGGCCCAGGAGCGCAAGGACCGCAUCCUCUCGCGCCGCGGGCCGGAUGCGUCUUCGUCUUCGUCGUCGGCGGCGACCACAGCCAACAAGAACCCCGGUGUUGAUGCGCGCGACGCCGCCAUCCGCGCCUACACUUCCCAGACGCGCGGCAAGUCGCUGUACGAAGAGCACCAAGCCAAACGCAAGGCCAAUGGCGGAGCGAGGACGGCCGCCGAGGAGGACGACCCCAGCAAGAGGGCGUUUGAUCGCGAAAAGGACAUGGCCGUCGGCGGGAGGGUCACCAACGCCCAGAUGAGGGACCUGAGGAAGCAGGCUGCCGACUUUGGCGGUAGGUUCAGCAAAGGAAAAUACUUGUGAUGGAUGAACAUUUAAGCCAGAUACCAAAUGGGACUGGUUGGUAGUCUUGUAGCCCAAAACCAAAAGUAAAACGUGACACGAAUGCUCGAUCAAAAUGCUGUCUGUCUCUGAGAAUCUUUUGGCCUUGAUCUAAUUGGCACUAUUCUUUCAACGUCUUCAAAAAAGACAACAAAUCUACAAAGCCUUCCUGAAAUUUUGCUCCCGAGCCUACCUGUCUCUCAUGGCCUCUGCCUCCCCUUGCC